UUAAACCUUUGUUCAAGUCCGUCUAACCAGACAGACAGACAAAAACCCACUAGGAGUGGGAGAGGGUAAGUCCUAAUUCACCCUUGAGUACCAAGCGAUCGAUCCAGGUUCCUUAGUCCUUACACCAUUCCAGCCUGUUCAACUAGACGGGCCUGUUAUACCUCACGGCUUUCACGAAGCAACCCAAGCUGGUAUAACGAACUUCGUCCCACGGUUCGAGAUGUCUCAAAUGUCUAGAGUUAAGGAUUUUGUACUUCAAACGUUUACACCGGAUAGUGACGAUGCAGUGGUAGAUAAUAAUAAGAACCACCGAAAGAUUUUUGCAGAAAAGACAGGGAUUUUUUGGUCUAUCAUUCGUCAAGCGUUCUACGCUGUUUCAUUUCUCAGUCACUUCAGCUUGUCUCUCUCUUUCCUGUGUUUCUUUGUGACAGCUCUAAGUCUUGGCAUCAACUGCGCGUUAGAAAUCACCUUGGAGAUGAUUAGCCCAACAGGCGACUCAUCUAUUCAUAAAAAGAACUUCUACUCUGCUUGUCUGUUUGUUAUUCUUGUCUGUGCUAUAAUUAACGCCUCUUUUAUUCUAUCUCUCUUCUGGGAGGUAGUGUGUGCUGUUCUGUACAAGUCAUCCAUCAAGUAUACCUUGAUUAAGAUAGUAAUUUUCUUUGCUGUUCUCAUCUCUGCAGGGAUCUGGUCUGGUGUUUCGAGCACAGCCAAGUCGGGCUUCGUUAAUUUUCUUUCUGACUGCUUGAUUGUCUCCUGGUUCGCGGCUUUCGUUCUAUCUAUCUUAUCUUCACUAUUUCUCUUGAUCUACUUGUACAAGGAAAGUUCCCUUGAUAUGCCAUUUCACCAAAUAGCCUAUAUUUUUUGCUGCUCCUUAGUUAUACUUCUUUUUUCUAUUCUCUCGCCCAUCUCUUUCAAGUUAGCCGGUGCUUCAACCGGGGGCGCCCUUGCUUUUGCCUUCCUAUUUCCAUUCUACACAUACUGUCUCAUACUCUAUCUUCUUGUACGUGGUAAGAAAGAAACAGAAUCAGGAAAAGUUUUUGUGGUUCAAAAGAGGGUAUUUAUCAUAGUAGCUGCCGUCUAUCUCGUCGUAAUCACCCUUGCCGCGAACGCCAACAUUUCAUGUGGCCAGGAAUGUCAGCUUGGACACCCAGUGAAGGAAAUCAACUUGUUAUAUCACAAACUGGUAAAACCCGUAAGUUCUGGUUAUCCAAUCUGUGAGAAAAAGUGGAGUCGACUGGAGUUGGGCAUCACUGACAUGGCAUUCUUGGCAGAUACCGCUUACAAGAUUGAUACAAAUGGUAACAAGACAAUCAUCCGGGACUUGAUCGAGGCCUACUUCCAGAACCCUAAAUUUUACUGGGAUGUUGAGGCAGUAAAUCCUAAGAAACCCAUGUUUUAUCACAUCCGUGAAGCGUCUAGUCGAGUCAAUGUUGUGAGCAUCCGAGGCACCAAUGACGCAAGAGAUUGGUUCGAGAACUUCAAAAUCUGGAACGAAAUCGCAGUGUUUCAGAUGAUUUCUGUAGCAUUGCCCGUACAGCAUCUACCAUUCGAGUUUGUAGCUUUCUUCAUCUCGAAAUCGGCUUGUCUCGACUAUCUUUUUCAACGUUCCAAGUACCACUACUAUUUCCAGGCACUUGAAGAAUACGUGAAAGAUAAGACGACAAACUCGACGGAGGAGUUCUUUCUUGUCGGUCAUUCCCUUGGUGGUGGAUUGGCCAAGAUUAUUGGUAGUAGAAACAAAGUUCAAGCAAUUGCAAUCUCAAGCCCAGGAGAGAUCUACAAUCAUGUGAAGUUUGGUUACACCCUCGAAGAUGUACAACAGUUCACAACUACAGUCAGAGCUCAAAAUGACAUAGUUACGUGGAUUGAUAGGUCUGGAGGUCUGGUCCAGUACGUUGAAUGUGACAACAGCGCCUUUUUGAAGUGUCAUAAUAUCAGGAACACUUACUGUGAGCUAAAGGAAAAGUGUCACGUGACCAGCACUAUUCCAUGUCCCUCGGAUAAACCAAAAGAAAUAUUUGAAAGGCUUUUUAUCAAGAAAUGGCAGAGAUAGAAAGAUAAAGGAUAAAAUUUGGGACACUGCUAUAAAGAAUACGUGUACAUUAACCUUAAACGGCAAAGCAUGUUCUUUGAGAUCGUAGUAUAUUAGUGUUAUAUAUAUGACUAUAGACCCAAGAUAUUGUUGUGCGCAGUCAAGAUAGAGUACUAUACAACAAAGUGCAUGAUAAUUGUAGUAUAUUAGUGUUAUAUAUAUGACUAUAGACUCAUGACAUUCUUGUGUGCAGUCAAGAUAUAGUACUUUAGAAUAAAGUGCAUGAUAAUUGUAGUAUAUUAG